AUGAAACAUCAGUCCGUCUGUGCCCAACCCCCAUGCUGAUGGAAAGUCGGGGGAAGUUUUGCAGUUGACCAAAAACAUUUCUGGAGCUUGACAGCAAAAAAGCAGCAGGAUGUGCACUAACAUUUUAGCUAAGCAGCUACGGUGAAGAUUAAAUAAUGUUUUUUCUUUCUUUCAUUUUAGAACUUUAUUUUGUAUUCUCAGUACAACCAUAUCAUCAGUUACAUUGGCUUUGGUUGUUUGAUGAGACUAGAUAGGAAAAGCAAAGAAAAAGAGAGAGAAAAACAGGGAAGUGGAGAAAUAAAAUGAAAUAAAAUGAAAUAAAAGAAUACAUAAACACAAAGACAGAAUGCUUGUAUAUCAAAUAAUUGCAUUUUUUGCCACUUAUGUAACCUUAGCCGGUAAGUUAUUCUCUCCAUCUCGUAAAGUUCCAGGAUCUUUUGGGUCCACAGGUCGUGUGUGGGUGGCUCAGGCUUUAACCGGUUAUUAAUUGUGAUGCAUUUAAUCGCUGCAGCUAGCAGGAUUUGCAAUAAGUAGUUUGGAGCUCUUCCCUCUAUUACUUGUGGUUUUACCCCCAAUACGGCAGUCAGUGGAUCUUUAGCGAUCUUAACAUGAAAAACCUCUGUGAGAACUUAAUACACCUAAUCCCAAAAUGGCCUCAGUUUUGGAGCAUGCCCAGAACAUGUGUAAAUGAUUACCUGUGUGAGCUCCACCACUUCUCUCUUUGAGUUGGACCCAUUUUUGCCAGUAUGUGUGGUGUUCGAAAAUAUCUAGUGGAAACUUUCCACUUGAAUUCCCGCCAUGUGUUUGAGCUGGUUACUAAAUGUGCUUCAGUGCAGAUGACCUCCCAAGUCUUCACUCAGUAUCUCGUUGCAUCUCAGCCUCCCAUCUCUCUUUAAUUCGUACUGAAUUAUUUGGGUUCAGAAGCAAAAAUUCCUGGUAAAAUCUGAAGAUUACGUUUGCCGCACCAUUUCCCGUUUGUACAUGCAUCAGAAAUUGCUCUAAUCCUGUGGGAUUUACAAUUUUGGCCCAGAAUUUCUGUGUUGUUGGAAGGUGUCUCAGUUGUAGACACCUGAAAAAGUCAGUUUUGGGGAGGAGGAACUUCAUCCUUAAUUUUUCAAACAGUUUCAUAGUGCCCUUCUCACAAAACUGAUGGAUGUAUUUAAGUCCAUAUUCCAACUGUCUUCUAAACUCUAUAUCUAAUUGGGCAAGUGUGAAUUGAGCCUGUAGUUGUCAGAGAAGAAAUUAAUCUGGGUAGUUUAAACAAGUAUUGUAUUUCUCUCCAGAUCUUGAGGGUGGACAUUGUCCACUGUCCCAUCUCAGGGUUUUUCAGAGCUCAGACAGAGGCUGUUGACAUGGACUUUUUUCAGUGUUGAGCCAUCGUGUAUCUGUGAGGUCCCCGAGCCACGCGGUCAAAGGUUUUAGUUGUGCUGCCCAAAAGUAAUAUCUAAGAUUUGGGAGUCCCAGUCCUUCUGCCUUUUUGGAGAGUUUUAAGUCGGACCCUUGGACGUUUCCUUUGCCAAAUGAAUCUGGAGAACAGUCGGUCUGAUUUUUUAAAUGUGGAUUUAGGUAUCUCUAAUGGUAGCAUCUGGAAUAGAUGAAGUAACCUGGGCAGUACAUUCAUCAGUGUGCACUCCACACGUCCUAGUAGGGAUAAAGGGAGUGCCGUCCAUCUGUCCAGAUCAUUGCUAAUAUUAUAUAGCAGAAAAUGACUACAUUUACAUUUUUGGGUGAACUCUUCCUUUAAAGGUAAUUCAAUAAUCUUGUAGAGCAUGUCAGUCUUAUUAUAAAUGGUUGUUAGCAUAGCACAAUGAUGGUGUUCUGAACUAGAGAGUGCAACGUUUGGCAUUACAAAGCAGUUACUGUGAAUGUGAAAUGUGUGUGGAGGGGAACGAUCUUUAUCUUAAUCAUACGUCUUGAUGUCGUUGUCGGGAAUUACACAGCUUACUGCAGUUUCUAUUGAUUAUAUGUACAACUAACUGUAAUAUCUCAGGCUUGUGGUGGAUACAAUGUGGAAAAAAACCAAAGUGGCGUGACCAGAUACAGUUACACAUGGCCGUUUUACCUUGUGUGAAUGUAGGAUCUACUGGAAUUCAUUAAAUUUACAGUAAUACUGCAUUAUUCAAUAGAUACAAUUUAUGUUGUCAAUCGAGAAAAAUGACCAGUACAGACUGAUUUGAUGGUAGUUAGUUACUGACCAUUUUUUUCUUAAAAUAAAGCGUGAAACAGCAAUUUUAUGGCAAAUGGUGUGUUGAUCCAAUAUGAUUAGUGUAAUGUAUUACUACAUUUGGAAUUGCAAGUUCCUUUGCAUCAAAUGGGAAAACAUGACAACAUAUACAGCCUAUAGGAAUUUUUAAAAAUGGCUAAUUCAUUGCAAUUAAUUAGAAAAAGGCUGGUUUCAGUAUGUUUUACACAAACACCGGCAGUUCUUCUUCCUCCAACAUGUGGCACAGCGUGCCGCUGUGAUUCACUGCGGCCGCUAGAGGGAGCUCUUGGAUCAUAUUUGUGUGUUUUCAGCCGAGCAGAUUUUUGUGAAUGGACACUCUGGCUCACAGAUAAACAACUGUUGUCAUGCGAAAACCUUUUUUUUUUUCUCUCCCUGGAAGUUGAUGGAUGAUUCAUAACCAAUUGCUUGGCUGUGGACGGACACGGGGCUGUCUGAUCCAUUGUCAUGCCGGCGUUAAAACUUUAGAACCUUGUUAUGAACACAAUGCUGUUUUUCUGUGUUCCAAAAACUCAUUUGACAGGAAUGACAACAAAUACCUUCAAGAAACUUUAUUCUGAAAAUAAUGCUUAUCUUCAUAAAAUAACCUGCAUUGAAAUCAGUGUUUAAUUGGCCAAUAAUUUAAUAUUUGAAUGAUAAAUAAUAAAUUAACCAAGUCAUAGCUGAUAGCAUGUUGAUGAUGUGAUGCAGCUUGACGUUUUUUCCUUUGUAUGACCGUCUGAACUUCCAGGGCAUGACACGUUUACCUGUGUUUACUGUGUGUGACAAUAAGUAAAUAUUGUUCGAAAGCUUUUCUGUGGAGAUUAUUUUUACAUAUUAAUUCAAGUUUUAUUCAGACAUCGGAUGUAUUCAUCUUAUUUCACAUCGAGGCAUCUUCAUGUAGCUUGAAUGUUAUUUUGUUUUGUUUCUCCGUCCGAGUUCUCACGUGUAGGUCACGGUCACAAACAUGGUUACGUGCACGGACGGCCAAGACAUCAACUUUCCCGCCCCCUCCCUCCUCCAGUAAAAGUCUAGCUGUGUUAACCGGGUUUCUUUUAAUCCCUUACCCCGAUUAAGGAAACCGGGUUUCUGCUUUCCAUUAAGAAAUCAGGUUACUGCAGAAAGCCGACAACAACCAGGUUACUACGUGCACGUGAACGCACCUUAAGCGCAGGUGACGGUGCCAUGUCAUGACCCUGUUCUCACCAAAAAACACAUCGAUAAUCAUUCCUCUGACACAUUUCUAUAGAUUUUUCGAAAGGCUUCGCGAGUCAUUUCAAAAUGUACAGUAGGUGAGGUUGAGACAUAUGCUAAGUUUACUUUCCAGCUCUUAAAAAACAGAUUUUUUUCUAUUUCUGAAUGCACCAUUUGGCAUCCAGUCUGGCCCGUGUGCCGGAAUAAACAAGUGGACUCACGUGAACACAUGGGACCUGAAUUGCACUUAAGUUAUGCGCCAGCGUAUCACAAUACAGACAAAUUAACUUUAAUUUGCAGAAUAUCAACCUUGUCAGCAGUUUUCCAGUGUCUAACUGACCUAAAUUAGAAGAGAGAAAUUAGAGGUCUCAUACUCCCUGUUAGGGCUUUACAUAAAGUUGUUUUCCCCAUGCCCGGGCGUUAAGUGGUGAAAUUAGGGCGUGUACAAUAUGCGCUGGCACUGUAACAGCAAUCCGAGCCGAGAUCAGCAGCGCGGUGUCCUUGACAGAGAAAAAGGGGGUGACAUUCUUGUGCCAUGACUUCAGACAGAAACAAGUGUUUCCUUCAGGGGAGCCAGGGCGGUCGAGGACGAGCUGAGUGAUGGAGGACGGUCACCAAAAAGGCGAACAUACACACCUGGAGCAGAAAGGCGGACGUACAUCGUUGACUAACUGCCUCCCCGUUAACCAAACAGCUCUGUGUCAGUGUUGCGUUAAACGUUUAGAUGCUUUAAAGGCAACAAAGUUACAGGGCGACGUUUAAUGUUUGCGUUUUUCACCCCACACAAGUCAACACUAAAAUAAUGCAUUUUAGUCUGAAAUAGUAAAUAAUGAGUCCCCACGAGGCACAAUUAACGCUUGCUCGUGUGGCAUUCAAGAGAGGCUCGCAAAAUAACAGACUUUGGGCCUACCAUGAAAACAAUCCCCAUUAUGGAUCUGAUUUAUAGCCCACUUAUGUUCGUUUUCAGUUCGUGACAUCACGUCACCGUGGCUAUUAUCUUAAAUGUCUAAAAUAAAAACCACUAAAAGCCUGCUUCAACGCCGCUAUCGCUGUUUUUCGGGUUUCCUGUACUCUUCCGAAGUUUCCGGGUUGCUGGAGUGCACGGGGACACUACUUUCUCCGCAGACUGCCUUUAAAUGGGUUAACGAGCCAACCGUCGCCACGUGACCGACGAGUUAUAUAAUAUAUAGGUCAACACGUUUCUGGCUGGCACGUGCAGCCUUCCUUCUUACGUAAAGUCUCGUGCAAAGGUUUCAGAUUACACUAUGUAGGUGAGGGCCGGAGAUCGUCAACAUCGGAGAUGAUGUGUCACUUUGAGUUUUUUUCUAAAUUCGCAUGAACGAGGUCACCGUGGGAAUGAUUACGGAACUGUAUUGUUUUUUUGUCGUUUGUCACGCAGGCUGUUGUUCGAUUAAUUCACGGAUACGAAAACCGGAGUGCUUAAAAUAUUCUAAGUAGGCUAGUUUACUGUCACAUAAUCCGGACCAUAUCACUAAGUAAAACAGGUAAUGAGCUAGUUUUCUUUUAUUUUCCCACAUGGGGGUUCUGACAAUCUUACAGGCGCACCGAGUCAAAAUGUCAGAAUCUAAAUAUGUGCAAUGUAGAUUAACGUAAAACACAGUAAUAUUUCUCCACUUAUUGCUCAGCCAAAGUCAGGGGUAUAAUCAACUACUGAUGUAGAAACAACUUAGCAUCUUCUGAUUACGCUGUAUGCAUAUAAACUUUGUGAAAAUGACAGGAUGGUUUAAAGUAAGCAUGGAGAGCCUUUCUCCCUUCAGCAGACGAACGUGAAAUCAGUCCUCAAGUGUGAUCAGUCAUUAUUGGCUGAGAAUGUGUAAACACACAAGGGAUUUGUCUCAGACCAAAGGCAGGCUUGCGAGCUUAGUGGUUCUUUGUCUUGGCGUCAAGUGUGGUGUGGAGACUUUAAAAUCCCCACAUAUCCAGUAUGGACUUUACUGUGAAGUAGGAAACAUAUUGUGUCCUUCAGUUACACUUUUGAAAUUAACACUGUGUGUCCAGAGAUUCUGGACCAAAUUCUUAUGAUGUGCUUAAAUGCAUUUAUAGGAAACCACACAAUGUGUUAAUUUCCAUAUGUUUGUUACUUUGUGAUUGUGCUGAACAUAUUCAGUGCCGGGAAUAAAGUACAGAGUGAUACUUCCUUUAUAUCACGGCUGUGUUUGGGGAAAACGGGAAAGAAGCAAACUCAGAUCGGUGACGCGCGCAAGGCGCUAUUUCAGGUCACCAGGACUAGCGUAGCACCGGGGGAAUCGAUCCCUCAGCGCCUUAUCGAGGCAUGGCUGACACUGUUUAAUGUGAUUUCAAGUUUAUUUUGGCAGUGUUGGCACAAUCUCCUGUAAGACCGUCCGCUAUUAGACACAUUAACGGGUGCGAGUAACGAUUUUCAGGACAAGUGAUCGGGAAUGCAAAUGAGAACAUUUUGUUCACUGAUGCCAAAAUGCUAUAAAGUUUUCUUUUUACUCAAGACAUCAAAACGAAAAUCCACGCUGAAAAGCAUUCAGUUUGAAACAUGUCCGUAUACUGCGUCCACGAUGCAUUCACAGUCUGUCAUUCGGCAGGCUGAUUUUAUUAUCCAGCUACAAGCGGGGGAACGUAUGUCACAUGCUUAUUUUGCUGGAUUUCCAGGUGGCAGGAUUGUUGAAUCAUGACCGAGUGGCGCUGAAGUGAAUGGACGCAGCUGUCCCUGUGACACGCCAUUAUCUCUGACAUGUAAUCCCGCGAUGAAUGAACCAAAAAGGCGACGAAGGAGGAGACAAGUGUGAACUAUUCCCUGUUUUUUUUUUUUUCUCUCCCGUGAUUCCUAAAAGGAUGGGUGUUGCAUUCUCACCCAUCCCUCACGUUUCUCCCCCCACCCCGCCUCCCUUGAAAAAAAAAAAAAAAAAACUACGGAUGGAGGAGGGUGAGGGAAAAAAUGAAGUCAAUUAUACAACAACCCGGCUCUCCCUGCAGCUCCCUCCUCUCACCAUCUACUCUGUACUACGACUAGUGGCUCCACAUGCGCGGCGAAGCCUUCACCGGGCACACCGGCUUCAGUCUGUAGGCAUGUCGGCCGGUGGCAAUGACGGGACGGCGAACAGGCCAGCAGAUCCCACCGCAGAGGAGGAGGAAGAAGGCCCCAGCCAAGCAGGCUCGUCGCUGCCAGCUGUCGAGCUGCCAAGGAAACGAAAGGGAGACGUGGAGGAGAGGUCAGACACCCACGUACAGCAAAGCCUUGACUUCCAGAUGGACGAUGACCUCAGCAGAUCUGAAGGAGAGGAUCAGCAAGUCAAAAUGAAAUGCUUCAGGGAGCCUCACAGCCAGAUCGAGAAGCGGCGGAGGGAUAAAAUGAACAAUCUCAUUGACGAGCUGGCUGCCAUGAUCCCCGCCUGCCAACCCAUGGCACGAAAACUUGACAAACUCACUGUGCUACGAAAGGCCGUGUCACACCUGAAAGCCCUCAAAGCUGGGACAAGCAGCGCCUUUACAGACACCACCUACAAGCCUUCCAUCCUGCCUCACGACGACCUCAGGCAGCUUCUGCUCAGGGCUGCAGACGGUUUCCUGUUAGUUGUAAGUUGUGACCGGGCAAAAAUCCUGUUCACCUCCGAGUCUGUUUCCAAGAUCCUUCAUUUUAGCAGGUUGGAGCUGACUGGGCAGAGCUUGUUCGAUUUCGUCCACCACAAAGACAUCAACAAGGUGAAAGAACAGCUGGCGUCUUCGGAGCUGUACCCUCGCCAACGGCUCAUUGACGCUGCGAGUGAGUCUGUUGCAAAGUCAGCUGGGGUUCAGGUCCAGGCGGAUUCCCCCGUCCGGCCGUCCCACUUGACCACCGGAGCCCGGAGAUCCUUCUUCUGCCGGAUGAAGCACAGUCGGGUGGCGGGGAAGCACGAGGACAAACCCUCGCUGCUCAGUCCUUCCAAAAAGAAAGAGUCUUACAGAUACUGCACCCUCCACUGCACUGGAUACAUGCGGAGUUGGCCGAGCAGCCAGCUGGACUCGGAGGGCGACACCGAGAAGGAAACCUCGAACCUGACCUGCCUGGUGACGGUGUGCCGCCUCCUCCCUCACGCCUCCCACCAGCCUUCCAAAGACGUCAACGUCAAGCCCGCCGAGUUCGUCACGCGCUGCGCGAUCGACGGCAAGUUCACCUUCGUAGACCAGCGGGCCGCGACGGUUAUCGGCUAUUUGCCGCAGGAAAUUCUCGGCACGUCGUGCUAUGAGUACUUCCACCAGGACGACCUGCAGCAGCUCGCAGAGAAACACAGGCAAGCCCUUCGAAGCAAAGAGAAGAUCGAGACACCGUGCUACAAGUUCAAAACGAAAUACGGCGUCUACGUUUCACUCCAAAGUCAGUGGUUUAGUUUCACGAACCCAUGGACCAAAGAAGUUGAGUUUAUCGUGUCGUUGAACAGGGUUAUCUCGGGGCCUACUCACACAAAAGAUGAGGAGGCAGGCAGCUCAAAAGCACUUAAGGAAGACACAAAGCAAAUACCCAUAAUUCCCAGCCUUUCCAGUGGUGUUGGCACAAUGAUCUACGCAGGCAGCAUAGGGACCCAAAUCGCAAAUGAGCUCAUUGACACUUACAGGGUGAACUCGUCUCCUUCAAGUGGAGCUCCCAGUCCGUUCGGUUCGGCCCAGGAGAAAGGUCCACUGGUUUCCCCACAAACCAGCAGGAGUGCAUCCAGCAGAGAGGAGGCUGCAGGCAGCUCAUCACAGUCUCAUUCUGACUCAGGGACGGCAGCAGGCGCUAGCAGUGCAGCUUCUGAAAGCACAGGUGAGCUGUCCCAGCUGGACUUGGACAGCAUGGUGGUGCCGGGACUGAGCAGCUUCAGCAGCGACGAGGCAGCCAUGGCAGUCAUCAUGAGCCUGCUGGAGACGGAUGUAAACAUGGGUCAAUCGGGGGACUUCGAGGACUUACACUGGCCUUUUUAAGGGGGCAAACAGACUUCCAGCCCCUCUCAUACGCUCUUGUGCCGUUUUUCUUACCAUUUGCGGAGAACUCAGUUGUUCCUUCGGCGACCGACUGAUCUGGCCUUGCACAAUUAGACCCACUGGACUUGUACCAAAGGCUGCAACGUGUCACACUCGAGGAAGCCUAACCGACAGAAGGCUAUAGGAAUUAGUGUGACUGUGAUUUACCUUGCUGGUCCCCUUGGCGCUCGCCUGACGGGAAGUGAGGUUAAAGUGUCCCCGGAGCCUGUGGUAAUUCAGUGUCUUCCUCAGUGACACUUUAAGCAUCCUCAGAGGGGCUAAAACCCAGACUUUCCGCCGCAGAAUACAUUUGCUCUGCUUGCCCCCCGACAAAGGUCCGGAGGAGAAUCGGACUCCUGCCACGUGCAGUGCUGCUAGAGAAUCUCCUCAAACCUUUGGACAUGUGCGGUACCCAGUAAUGACUUAACAUGUUUUUCAUAACAUGAUUGUUCCAUUUCUUUUACUCUGUUUUUUUUUUUUUCUUUAAAGAUCCCCUCCAGACACAUUUUAAGUCACGUAAAAGUACACUGCUAAGCGAUGUUUGUCCCAUAUUGCGUCCAGCGAGUCCUGAAGAAGGCUUUACAGUAUGUCUGUACCUUCUGUCCUUAACUAAGAAUCGCAAAAUCAUUGAAUAUGCAAAUAUGCUUCGGGCCUCACACUACAGCCACCACCACUACUAUUCCAGUUACACUCCUUUUUGUAAGAUCUAGCAAUGCCACACAAACCACAUGUACUGAAUCAUUUGGACCAGAUGAUCUUAAUAACUUCUCUAUUUGGAAAUUAUUCAGAAAGCAUGUCUGAUUUUGUUAGCACACUGCAGCCAUCUUGUGUCACGUGUUACUUUCUUUACUUUCCACUUCCUGUUUUUGUGUUUUUAUAUUUCCCUCCCUUUGUUGAUUGCCUGGUAAAUUUCACUUGUCUCUUAUUAUUCUCCCCUCCCUUGUGUAUUUAAGUCUCUCUGUUUGGUAGGAAAAAUACAAAGACAGGAAGUGGAAAGUAAAACGUGAUCCAAGGGGAUAAAUCAUCCAAAAUGAAACAGGAAAUGACCAAACCAACACCUAAACCAUCGCCCAUGACCGAUCUGGCUGAGCAACUGUGAUGCAUAUAAACCCGCCCCAGUCAUAAUAAUGACUAGAAUUCCCAUUUGAAAACAAAUGUGGCCAAAGGAUGUGACACCUAACACACAGUGUCCUAUUUUACCAGCUAGCUAGCGCUAUCAGAACCUGCAGAGGAAAUGGGUUACAUGGAGAAAGCUUUACUUUGGGACUGUUUUUUUUUUUUUUUUAAUUAAACGAAUACUUGAAUAUUUACUCCUGUUUACAAUUUUGGUCCUAGGUUAGCAUGGUUCCAAACAGUUAGCACGGGAAGCAGCCUCUACAUUCAACUUGUUUGCCAAGUCGGGUUCCUCUGAUGUUCCUCUGUUAGUAGAGGGGAGCUGAAACUAAACAAUAUAUCUUUAGUUUCAGAAGUUGAACCUCUUGAUGUAACCUUUAGCGAAAAAGUCAGGGAUUUGUGCAUAUAUUGAAGGGUUCUCGCUCCAACUGUUGGACCCCAAUUGACUACCAAUUGUGAUGCCACAAAUCAUGCUCCUAUGGAGACGUCUGAAAUGUAGAGAAAUCUUCUACUUAAGCAGAGGAAUGUGACCUGCUAGGUUAUAAGUCCAGAAAGUAUCCCUAGAAUAUAGAAAAUCCCAUCAUUGAGUGGAGGGGGUCUUUACAUGGAAUGUUGUCUGUUGUAGUCUGUUUUCAUAUUGAAUGUGCACUAAAGGACUGAGCCCUAGUAUGCCUAUACCAUGUGUUCACAUAUCACAUAUUUACUGUACUCCAGACAGUUCUGUGAAGGUGAUCUACUGUGCACUGAACUCCUGGGAAAAUAUGGAAGGUCCACCAUGGAUGGAAGAAUGUUAUUCAGUGUUUUGAACAGGACAAGCCAACAUGUGUUUAGGAACAGAUUUUAAUGCCGUUGUGUCCUGUCUUAUUACCCCCUCCUCCUUCCUGUCAACUGCAGUACCGCUGCACAGAAAUUAGCCAUAGUCUUUGUGUUGAUAGGGAGACACAGCAAUGUUGCAGUUUGUCUAUUUGUGAAUGUCCAAUGACCACAACUGCGGCUUUUAAAAGAAAAUCCACCUUGAAGCAUCUCUGCACUGUUUAAACAACACUUUUCUGCCGGAAAAAAAUGGUAAAAUUCACAAAAUCCCACUAUAACAGAGUUUAAUAGCAAAAUAUGAUAUGCUCGUUUUUAAAAAAAAAAAAAAGAACCAAAAAAAAAAAAAAAGAUCAAGAUGCAAUACAGCCAAAAGACUGAUCACACUGGCCACACUGAUCACAUUAUCAAACUAUUUAUUUCAGAUACAAGUAAAUGUACUGCAGACUCAUUUCAACAGUGUAAGUGUGUGCCGGAGGUGGAUUUUUCUUUUUACAGUCAGUGUCUGGCCUUCAUACAGCACAUGUAAACUCUGGUUAUAUCACUGGCUCCUCUAAUCUUGAAAGUAUAAUGUGAUUGUGUUGCCUUGAGAAGGUUCAAUUGUAAAUCAACCGUUAUGCGCUCUCUUUGGCUUUAAAAGCAAAACUGUUGGUACUGGACAAUAUUUUCUGUUGCCAUCAGUGCCACUUAAAAUGGGCACUUAAGUGUAUUUAUCAUGCCCUGCUAUCAGAAGGCAAAGUGUCUGAUAUUUGUAUGUAUGUGCGAAUUGUCGUUGAUGUAUCUGCUGUAAAAAUGAAUGGAGGUUGAAAGUAAAAUAAUUUUUUUUUCAGAAA